AUGAUCAUUCCCAUCCGGUGCUUUUCCUGCGGCAAGGUCGUGGGAGACAAGUGGGAAACUUACCUCGAGUACUUGCAGGACGACACGAUGACUGAGGGUGACGCUUUGGACAAAUUAAAGUUGCGUCGUUAUUGUUGUAGAAGAAUGGUUUUGACUCAUGUCGAUUUGAUCGAAAAGUUUUUACGCUACAAUCCAUUGGAGAAGAAGGAAAUUGUAUAA